GGCCGAUGGGCCGGGGCGGGCCGCCAUGGGCCGCGGCAGUGCCGUCCCGCCGCGGGGCCGGGGCGGCGGCGCCGAUAGCGGUAGCGCAGCCUUCCUCCUUCUCCCCUCCUCUUCCUCCUCCUCGGCGGUGACCGCCGCCUCCCCCCUCCUCCGCAGCCCAGCACAGCCGCCGCCGCCGCGCAGGGCCCGGCGCCCGCCCCGGGGCUGGCCCUGCUCCGUGAGGCGCGGCCGCCCCUUCCCUGCCCCGGCGGGCCCCGCGCGGCGCCAGUGAGCGGCCGGCAGGCGUGCGCGCCCCUCCCUCCCCUCCCUCUCUCCGCCCGCCGCGAGGGCGGGAGGGAAGCGGCAGCCCCGAGCGGGAGGCGAGGGAGGCGGCGCGCCGGGAGCCAUGCGGGAGUACAAGGUGGUGGUGCUGGGCUCGGGCGGCGUGGGCAAGUCCGCCCUCACCGUCCAGUUCGUGACCGGCUCCUUCAUCGAGAAGUAUGACCCCACCAUCGAGGACUUCUACCGCAAGGAGAUCGAGGUGGACUCCUCGCCGUCGGUGCUGGAGAUCCUGGACACGGCGGGCACCGAGCAGUUCGCCUCCAUGCGGGACCUCUACAUCAAGAACGGGCAGGGCUUCAUCCUGGUCUACAGCCUGGUGAACCAGCAGAGCUUCCAGGACAUCAAGCCCAUGCGGGACCAGAUCAUCCGAGUGAAGAGGUACGAGAGGGUGCCCAUGAUCCUGGUGGGCAACAAGGUGGACCUGGAGGGCGAGCGGGAGGUCUCCUUCGGGGAGGGCAAAGCCCUGGCCGAGGAGUGGAGCUGCCCCUUCAUGGAGACCUCGGCCAAAAACAAAGCCUCGGUGGACGAGCUCUUCGCGGAGAUCGUCAGGCAGAUGAACUACGCCUCGCAGCCCAACGGGGACGAGCAGUGCUGCUCCUCCUGCGCCAUCCUCUGAGGGCGGCGGCGGGCCGGGGCUGUCUGCGGGGACACGGCGGUGGCGGCCGGCGGGAGCGGCGGGGAGAGGAGGCGGGAGCGGCUCCGCGUCCCGGCCGGCGCAAGCCGCGGGGCGGGCGGGCUGUCCUCGGCAGCCGCCAAAAACAAACACACACACACACACAAAAAAAAAAAAAAAUCGGGGGGAAAAAAAAAUCGUGUUGGAAAUGUGGCUUUUUUCGGCAUGUACGUUUCGUCCAGUCUUGGUCGUUGCAUAUUCCUGUCAGUGUCUGCCGCGGGCUGCUGCCCUGCGCUGGCAGCGGGCACCGGGGAGGAAAAAAGCUUCGGCGAGGAGCGGUCCCUGCCCGCCUGGAAGAGCGAGCGACACGCGGGAGCCCUCCCCGGGACACGCGCGGGCGGCACCCGUGACGAGCCCUCGCCGCGGCCACGCGUGGAGCGCCCCGCCGCCCGUCCCGAGGAUCUCUAUGCAAAGUUGGGUGGUUGUGCCGGGGCGUCCAGCCUGGAGAAUUGCACAUCUGAACUGGGACUUUAACUUAAACACUGAUGCCAAUACAGUGUGGGGUGCCAGAAAGUGUCUGCUGAUGACUCGUGAAAUAAUUUUCUAUUUUGUUUACCUGCUGUAUCGGAUGGGAGUUUGCAGGAGAGUGGUAGCGUGUUGGGUUUUUCCCGUUUUGUUUUGUUGUUGGUUUUGUUUUGUUUUGUUUUUUUAAAUCAGCUGUGAAAAUGUUACAAAUCUGCACAAUUUUUUAGGUGUGCGUGUGUGCGUGAUUUCGUUUUUUAUUUUAUUUUUUCUUUGGCGGGUGGGAGCGGUGGCGGUUUUGUUCCGAGGGUUUUUCUUUUUAGGUUGGCAAUAACUGAUUUUGAUGACUAGCUCUCUAAAGUGCAAAGACUUCCUAUAUGCGAUGCAGGGCCAACAGCAACCCUGUGUCUAUAGAGUGCCUUCAAAACUCAGCUGUUCCAGCCGGUGCCAACCUGUGAAAGCUCCACAGAAUCCCAUUAUCUACUACUCCAAAAACUACUUAACAGUUUCCUUGCAGUAAAUCGUACCGAACAAGCCAGGACAAAAGGGCCUAUUGUUAGUGGAAUUUAUUUCUUAUUUCCAUCUGAGCCUUUUAACUGUAAUUUCCAUGUCUUGCAAGUUCGGGCUUCAUUUACUUCAAAUUUACAAGAAUUUAGCCUUUUGGGAUUUUGAGGGGGUGGGCUUUUUUUUGGGUUUGGUUUUUUUUUGCCUUUUUUUUUGCCUUCGGUUUUGUUGUGGGAUGUACCUCCAGCCAGCAAAGAAGGAAAUCUUAUCGUUGUGAUGUACCAAGAAAAUUCUAACAACUGUCAUUUUAAUUCCAGACAUGCAUUUAAGAGAUGUCUAUCCAUUUUAAGAAUUUUAAUACAAAUGCUGUUUUUUAGAAAACAACUUUGUGCGCUUUUAUGUAUUACACCAAACACCAACUUUCACAUAGGUUGUUAAUCCUGAUUUGUAUCUUAAUAGAAGUGAAAGGCUUGGGGGGGGCUCGAUUUAGCUAAGGACAGUGUUUUAAAAAAAAAAACCCAACCCACAAGAUUGCAGUUUUACCCAAUAUUUAGUCCCUUUUACUGCAGUUUUUCAUUUGUGUUUAGGUCCUGAUCCUAUGUGAUGCCAGCAUGUGAGUGGAACGCUGUAUUCAGUAGGCAGCUUUAGGAAGGUAGCGUGGUUUCUCUGCAAAAGGACUUGCAGGAUUAGGCCCUUACUCUUUUCUGGGAACAGCAUGGUUUAUUGGGAUAAAAUUCUAAAGGUUGAUUAUGUAUAAAAUUUAAGCUUUUAAUCUCAUUGCAUUAUAAAUCUUUAAAAUGAUGCAUCAGACCAGUAUUUCUUUGCUGGUUUGCAGAGGGGUUGGGGUGGGAGGAGACCUGUACCUUCUGUUUUAGAAGGUCUAGGCAGUUUGUUUACCUCCAUUAUCUUCCUCUCUUAGCCCCUUUUUUAAAGAUUAGCACACAAAACCUGCAACUUUUUUUUUUCUUUUAGUUCCUCCCCCCAUCCCAAGAAGACUUGACAUUAUCUUACGACAUGAAAGCAAAAGUUGAGCAAUGAUGUGUAAAGGCGUUUUUAAUCAGGCCAACUGAAAACUAACUGCCAUGAUUCCUACCGUGAGUCUGAUAAUUUCGUCUAUUUUAAGUAGGAAAAUUUUUCUGCUUCAGCACUGGAAGAACAGUGUUUAGUAUUAGUUUAAUUCUGUGUAUUGAAAUCCCAGUGAUGGAAAUGAAAAUUAUAAUCUUAUGGUUUAGUUGAAAAUUGGAUACUUAUUUUAGCAACAUCUGAUAUCUACUGAAAAUUUGGAAAAGAUUAUAUGCUUUGAUAUUGAAGGUAUCUCUUCUGAGCUCACAUGUAUCCUUCAAACCAACACGGACCUGUUCUGGUACAAUCAGUCAGGUUGUAGCAGUCAGAGUGAUACAAUCACAGUUAAAAACAAACAGGCUUGGAGGAGGUGAUGGUCCCUGGACUUGUGCUUGCGGCCUUGGUAUCACAGACAAAUUGAUCCAGCCUCUCAUUUUUAAGGGAAAACUGAAAGCCUCUUUGCAGCUUAUCUUUCAGAAAAUUCUAAAAAUGAAUUAGAAGCCAGCUCCUCGAGGCCUUCCAUGUUAGAGGGGUGGGGGAAUAAUGCUUACUAAUAGUAAGCACUUCUCUUAACAAAAAUACUGCAUUGAAAACUAAGAAAGCUUGACUGCAGCCGUGUCUUGCACUGAAGUUUAAAAAAAGAUGCCAUAAAUUUACAUCUCAGCUAUUGCUAUGGUUCAAUUUUGCCUUAAAUUCAAUGGGAUUAUACAGUUUUUAGUGCCCAGCAGGCCUUGCUCCAGGUCAGUGUAUUGAAAAGCAACCUGUUCUGCUUAAUAAAAGCAGGUAUUUAUUCUGUUCUCCCCAACAGAUAGCAGAUUCUUCACGUUUUCUAGUGCCUCCUGUUUCCCUACUGCCUGUGUUGUGAUUGAGGAACGAUGCAUAAAUGGGUGUUUGUAGCACACAGCGGCACACGAAGUCCAGUUUUUCUCAGCCUAGCAGAGCAGCUGAAGGCAGCCUGCUAAAUUCUGGAUUAUGCUGGGCUUUUUUGUGGAUACACUCUAGUUCUUGCCAAAAAGGUGUGUUCGUUCAACAGUGAAGGAUUUAAGAAACCAUGACACAGGUCUAAUCAGAGUUUUGAAUGUAUUUAGAUGCUCCAUGUUCUCCAUGACUGGGUAAGGACAGUACAAAAAGCAGAGCUCGGUAGUCUGAUCUUCCAAAUACUCUGAAGCGUUUUGGUGCUUGUUAAACAUAGGCCUUGUCUAUAAAGUAGAAAAAAAGUCAUACUGCUUUAACUUGACUGAAUAAUGAAAGCUAUAUUAGCUUCUACACUUGAGGAAAAUGUUGUAUCAAUAUAUAGGUACUCUUUUAUUUCUUUUCCCUGUGGGAAUAUGUUACACCCGUGUCAAUACAAAGGUGGUAUAUAGCUCUUUUCACAGUGAGAAUUGCAAAUAUUUAAUUGAUUUGGAAGAAAAAUGACAUUCCCAGCCGAAAUACUUCCUGACAGUGCAGAAAUUGUGUAUGCAAGGCCUUAGUUUAAGAUUGGUCUUAUGGCUGCAUAUUUUGCUGUACAUAAUGAUUGUAUUUUUAAAAAUCCAAGUUUGUUCUAUUGCAAGAAAGCGUGUCUUUGAAAUCCUCGUCUCUGUGAUUGUAACCGUGCAGUAUUCUCGACCUCAUUUUCAAUACAAGUGUGGUUCUUCUCAACACGAUGCUCAGGCUUUAUUGAUGCUUAUGGUUCUGGAGAUGAUGUUGAAUUCUGUGGCUGUGGGAUUCCUGACAGUUCUGCUUCUCUCAAAAGAAUGUACGGCAAGUUUUUUGCAAAGGGCAUUUUAAAUAAAGGGCAGCUGGCUCUUUA